CUGGUUGGUUGGUUGGUUGGUUUUGGGUUUCUGUACAUUUUUGGGCAGACCCAACCCAAAUGGCUCCCUCUGUUUUCCCUUCCUCUGUUUUCCUUUCUUCUUUGCUUAUCCUUGUUCUCUUUUCCUUCACUAUCUCUCUCCAUUGCAAUGCCUACCCUUCUCAUCACAACCCUCUUCGUCCCCACCGCCAUCAUCCUCGCUUUGCGUCUCACAACUACAGAGAUGCUCUCGCAAAAUCUAUUCUCUUCUUUGAAGGUCAGAGGUCUGGGAAGCUCCCUCCUAACCAGAGGAUGACUUGGAGGAGAGACUCUGGUCUCUCAGAUGGCUCUGCCAUGAAAGUUGAUUUGGUUGGAGGGUACUAUGAUGCUGGGGACAAUGUGAAGUUUGGGUUUCCCAUGGCAUUCACAACCACCAUGCUCUCAUGGAGUGUGAUUGAGUUUGGUGGGUUGAUGAGAGGUGAGUUGCAGAAUGCCAAACAAGCUAUUCGUUGGGGUACGGAUUAUCUUCUCAAAGCCACUGCCCAACCAGACACCAUCUAUGUCCAGGUGGGUGAUGCAAACAGGGACCAUGCUUGUUGGGAGAGACCUGAAGACAUGGACACCCCAAGAAGUGUGUUCAAAAUAGACAGAAACACCCCAGGUUCUGAAGUUGCAGCUGAAACUGCUGCUGCUCUAGCAGCAGCUUCUUUAGUCUUCAGGAGGUGUGACCCCACUUACUCCAAGCUCUUAGUCAUCAGAGCUAUCAGGGUGUUUGAGUUUGCUGAUAAGUACAGAGGUUCUUACAGCAACGGGUUGAAGAAAUUUGUUUGCCCCUUUUAUUGUUCUUAUUCUGGGUACCAGGAUGAGCUGUUGUGGGGUGCUGCUUGGUUGCACAAAGCUACCAGGAAUCCUACUUAUCUAAACUACAUUCAAGUGAACGGGCAAACCCUUGGGGCUGAUGAGUCUGACAAUACAUUUGGGUGGGACAACAAGCAUGUUGGGGCUAGGAUUAUUCUCUCCAAGGCAUUUCUGGUACAAAAGGUCCAGUCCCUCCAUAGUUACAAAGGUCAUGCAGAUAACUACAUCUGUUCUCUCAUACCUGGGAACCCCUUCUCCCAAGCCCAGUACACCCCAGGAGGGCUUCUGUUCAAGAUGGAUGACAGUAACAUGCAGUAUGUGACUUCCACUGCCUUCCUGCUUGUAACCUAUGCCAAGUACUUAACCUCCGCUCAUAUGAUUGUUAAUUGCGGUGGAACCAUUGUUACCCCCAAGAGGCUCCGAACCAUUGCCAAAAAACAGGUGGACUACCUGCUAGGAGAUAAUCCCCUGAAGAUGUCCUACAUGGUUGGCUAUGGUGCAAGGUACCCACAGAGGAUCCACCAUAGGGGAUCAUCCCUGCCGUCCAUUACUGCACACCCAGCUAAGAUCCAUUGCUCUUCUGGGUUUAAUAUCAUGAAUUCGCAAUCUCCCAACCCCAACAUUCUGGUGGGGGCCAUUGUUGGUGGGCCUGACCAACACGAUCAAUUUCCAGAUAAACGGUCAGACUACGAGCAAUCAGAACCGGCAACGUACAUCAACGCACCCCUUGUUGGAGCACUAUCUUAUCUUGCACACUCGUUUGGCCAACUCUAAAACCUUAGUACUCGUAGUACUCUAUAUAACCAACCAAGGGUCCCAAGUAUUUUUAGGUGUUAUCUACAUUUGUUUUUCAGUUAUUAUAGUUCUGAAAUUUCUAGGGGAUGGUGUAUGGGCCGAGACCUAAGAAGGCUCGAGCCCCGAACCUUGUGCACUGUUAUUAAGGUUUUCUUUAUACAUAGCCUUUCCUUGUUCGUGUAGAAGUACUGUGCAAGUGUGAUUUUCGUGCUGCAGCGGCAUUUAUAUCACAAAAGUAAUGCUAAGAGGCUGCUUUGGGACUUGUUAUGUGCAUGUUGUAAUAAUGAUUUAAUUUAUUAUAAUUAUUAAC